AUGUAAGUUAAUAGGAAUCAAUUCAUUAAAUUUUUAGUUGCUUCUGACAAUCAUCUUGGAGCAAAUGAAAAUGUGGGACCAAAAUCCAACAGGUACUAGGAUGCCUUUGAAGCCUUUGAGGAGGUUCUUCAAAUAGCUACAUAACAAAAUGUUGACUUUGUGAUUUUGGGAGGAGAUUUAUUUCAUGAAAAACAUCCAACAGAACAUUGUUUACUCAAAUGCGUUGAUAUUCUUUAAAGACAUGUCUUUGGAGAUAAUUUUGGCGGAAUUUAACUGGAACUCAAUUCACUCAAUUAUUAGCCUAAUUUUAGUUGUUCUAAUUUUAAUGUACAAUUACCAAUUUUUAUUAUUAAUGGUAAUCAUGAUGAUAUUGUUACUGAAAGAAAUGAAAGUGUGUCCAUUUUAGAUAUACUUCAUGAAUCUAAAUACUUAAAUUAUAUAGGCAAAAUCACUGAUUAAUCCUUUGUUUCUAUUAAACCUGUAGUUCUUGUAAAAAAUAAUUAAAAGAUUGCACUAUAUGGUUUAGGAUACAUGAAGGACUACUAAUUACAUAAGAUUAUUAAUGAUGGAAAAUUAGUCUUGGAAUCAUUAGAUGAAAAUAAUUUCAACAUUCUGAUCAUUCAUCAAAACAAAUACAAAGGGAACCAUUUUUAAGAUGAAAAGAACUUUAUUGAUCCAAUUUACUUUAAGAAGUAUAAAAUUGAUCUAUUGAUUUGGGGUCAUGAACAUGAAGCAAUUUAUACUUUAGAUACAUGUGAACAUUUUUAAGUGUUCUAUCCUGGAAGUACUGUGGCAACAUCAAUCAUUGAAUAUGAAUCUCUAAUUAAACAAGCAGGUUUAUUUACACUUACUAAGAAUCAAAUGAAAUUUGAAAGCAUUAAAUUAGAAAAGAGCUACAGACCUAUGAUUUAUAAGAAUAUUGAAUUAAGUGAAUUGAUAAAAACAACAGAUAAUAAUUUACAGAUUAGCAAUCAGGAGUUAGCUGAAAAAUUACUAUUUGACUUUGUAGAAAAAGAACUAAUUAAUUAUUAUUAAACUAGCUCGUAUAGACAGAAAAAACCAUUGCUAAGAAUUAAAGUGGAGUAUUCUGGAUUUGAAUUAAUGAGAAUGAGAUAUAUUGAAACUAAAUUUGCAGACAGGGUCUCCAAUCCAGAUUAAAUAUUCAAAUUUUGGGAGAAAAAAACAAAUCUACAAGCAUAGAUACAAAAACGAAAGGAAUAAGCAUAGCAACUUAAUCAAUAGUUUGAUAAUAUCUUACGAAAUAAAGUGGAGAUUAAUUCCCAGAAUCAAACCAUGAUGAAUGAGUUCUCUAGCAUGCUAUCACAAAAGUUGUUUCAGUAAAAUUUCUAAAUCGUUGAAUAAGGAGAUUUCUUAAACAUACUUGAUAAUUUUUUAUCUUCUACUAAUAAGGAAAAGUCCAAUUUAUUUAAUGAUUUAUACCCCAAGACCAUUGAAAAAUUUAGGGAAAAUGUCAUUCCAUAGUAUAGUAAUAGAAUACUGCAAAUUGUGAAAAAGUAAAGAGAAAAUUAGGACUCUUUGAUAUUUUAAAUUCGUGAUGCAAUUAUAAAAAACUUUGAAGGUAAAUCUAAAUAAGAAUCAUCUAAUUGUGCUGAUUUUGCUAAUGAUAUAAACUAAGUAUUUAUUAAAUUCCAAGAAGAUUUCAGAAUUGAAACAUUCAGAACCAGUCUCAAUUAAAAUAAUAAAUUAAAUGCUUCUUUUUAAACAAUGGCUUCUAAAUAGAUUUAAUAAUCAUCAAAUCAAUAAGGCAUUAGUUAAUAAGCUCCAUUUUAAAUAGAGGAAGAUGAUACUUUUCCUAGAUAUGGCUAGACAUAAGCAAGUUUGUUUGAUUAAGAUUAAUAAGAGGAAGAAGAGGAGGAAGAAAGGAAGGAUAACAAAGGAAAGAAAGUUCCUAAGAAAAGAAAGCCAGCUAAGAAGGAGCAAGAAGUUGUGAAUUUAGAUAACAAACCGAAAUAAAAAGUCUAAUUGUAACCAUAUAAGAUUGGAAUGAAUAAGUUUUUUUUUUGA